CGCGCAAUGAUGAAUUUGUUUUUUGUUGCUCUCCGGCUCCUCGCAGUCCUCAGUCUCCUGCUUCAGUUGACUUGUUGUGCAGCAAAUUUUACUAAUAUAACAGUACAGCCAGUGUCUAUUAAUACAACACUCAACUCCACUGUUGUCUUCUCUUGUGAAGCUGAGGGAGCUCAUGAACUUAAUUUUCGAGUUAACGAUACACAAGCUACUCAUAACAGUUUUACUGAAUCAGGAUUUAAUGUAACAACAACUACCAGUAAUAAUACUAUGAGAGCUAAGCUACAAGCAACAGCAUAUGAAGAUAAUAAUAAUACUAAUGUAACGUGUAUAGCUCAUCAUGAUGAUAAUGAUACUCCAAUUCACAGUAAUGUAGCCACGUUAAUAAUACAAGGUCUAUUGGAUAGUGUUAGUGAUCUGGAUUAUACCUUUAUUAAUGGAUCCAGUGUAUUAUUAACAUGGACAGCUCCUUAUACACUGGAUAAUGUACCUAUCACUGGAUACUAUAUAGUCAAUGGAUCAGUGAAAAUUACUACUCCUAAUAAUAAUACUAAUAUUACACUCUCAACUACUAAUCCUGAUCCUUGUGUAUUAAAUAAUGUAUCAGUUUCUCCUAUUAAUGGUGUUGGAAUAGGUUCAUCUAAUAGUAUCAUUUUUUAUCAUGAAUCAGUUCCUCUCAUUACUCCUCCUGUAUCAGUGGUACCAACUGUAAUUGAUGGACAACAAAUAUCAUUAAAUAUCAAAAUUAAUGUCAGUAUGAUGUGUAAAGGAGAGUAUCCUAAUAUGAUAACUAUUAUCAUAGAUAACACAGUAAAAAAAAGUAACAAUAUAUUAACACAAGUUAAUGAUCAACUGAUGAUUACUGAAGUAAUGACUGUUCCAGAUAGUUUAAGUACAUUUAUUGUUAAUGUAUCAUUGAGUAAUAAUGGAGGAGAUUUCUUAUAUAUACCGUCUUUUGGCUUCGGUUUUCUUGGACCAGUUACUAACAUUGACUCUUUAAUCGACAACUGUUCUACUAUUAAUAUAACAUGGACCACUCCUGCAGUUGAUGAUAGAGUAUCUAUACACUAUCACAUGCUAAGAAUAUAUGAUGCUAUUACUAGUAGUCUAAUAAAGAGUGUAUCGGUAUAUGAUACCAGUUAUCAGUUUGUGGAUAAUAAUCUAUUUAUUCAUCGUUAUACAUAUGUUAUAACUGGAGUUAAUGAAUUAGGAGAAGGAAUAUCUAUUAAUGAUACAUUCUCAUAUCAAAGAGUACCAAGAUCAGUUACAAGAGCUCAUUUGUAUAUAACAGCAUUUAAUGAGACUAGUGCUAAUGCUUCUUUUAGUAUACCAGUCAUAAUUGAGUGUACUGGUGAAGCCCCUGAGAAUGCUACGAUUACUAUACAAUGCAUUGAAAUUGGUGUUGUAUAUGAUGAUAUUGAGCUAGUAGAAUAUUCACAACCCAAAAAUAUAGCAGGAUCAGUACCAAUACUACUAAAUCAACAAUGUAAUAUCAGUAUUGUAUUUAGUAAUGAGGCCGGUAGCAGUGAACCAUUUAUGCUAGCAUUUAACACUACUCUUCCAGUUGAUCCUACACCAUCCCCUACUGGUACUGAUAGAACAGCUACUUCAUCUCCAAUAAUAUCUAUACUAGAAAUUGAAGUUAUUGGUGGUGCAAUUGCUGUAGUCCUUGUACUAAUAGGACUAAUCAUUUUUAUUAUAAUUGUAAUGUUCUAUAAAAGACAUAAAAAAAAGGCAAAGAAAAAUUCUAAUUCUACUCAUGCAUCACCUAGCAGUACUAGUCACACGGAAGGAGAAGAACAUCAACAUCAACACACAAACACAAGAACAAUGACUCUCACAGAACUGAAAGAAAAUCAUGAAGGUUUUAUUGGUGAUAAUGAGAUUGGUGAUGGCACUACAUACAGUAAAACUGAAACAACUGAUAAUGCUGUCUCAAUAGAUGAUGCUGCUCCUGUUAAAGAUACACUUGAAGGUAGUGAAGUGACACCUAAACAACUUAAUAAUGAAAAACAACAUGAAGAAGCUUCUAAAAGAGUUGCUACUACUGGAGGAGCUACAGAUUUAGGUAUAGCCCCUACUAAACCUGUAUCACAAGAUCAAUCAGUUCAAUAUGCUGGCAUUGAUUCUGUGGCACCUAAAUCAAAAGUUCCUCAACUACAGUCUAGUGAUUAGGUAUCAGCUAUUCCACAAUUACAAAGUGUAGAUUAAAGAGGAAAAGAACUAUGUUAAGUGUAUUUCAUGAUUCUUCCAAAAGGCAAAACACUUAUUGCAUUUGUUUAUGCUUGUUUUUAGACUAGCUAUUUUUAGAAUUUUAUGACCCCUUUCAUUCUUACUUUUAUAUUGUAUAUUACUUGAGUACCAUUAUUAUGAAUAAUCUACAUAUUUUACAGUAGCCUAAUGCUGUAAUACACUCCAAUGUAA